AUGGCUGCCUUUAACGAUUAUUGCGCUGUUUGCGAAAAGUUGCUUGAUGGUUUGGAUAUUUACUGUUCAGAAGAGUGUAAGCACCUCGAUGAAGCUUUUAGAGAUGAUGCUGAAUCAACAAUUGAUCCUUUGCUAAAGUCACCGUUGCUCUAUGCUCAAUCAGGUAUUGAUCAUGAAGACAUGGACGAUCUGGAACUUCCCGCUUCUGAUAGCUUACAGGUACCUAGAACCAUGGGCCGCUUACGCAAUCUGUGCCCUAUACAAGAAGUAUGCAAUGAUGAAAAAGCAGCAGCACAAAAUUAUAGACUAUGGCUACAAUACAACAGUACGUAA